AUGAAGUUCCUCCUCCUUUUCCUAUUCACCCUUUUGGGAAGUGCCGAAGCGAGGUACUGGCUGGAGGACAUUGAGCACCGUGGGAGUGCUCCCUAUUAUCCUGACAAGCUUUACCCUGUGUUCCGUAACGUGAAAGACUUUGGCGCUGUUGGCGAUGGAGUUGCGGACGACACGGCCGCUAUAAAUGCAGCAAUCAGUGAAGGUGUUCGAUGUAUUCCUGGUGUGUGCAAAGGAAGCACUAUUUCACCCGCGACUGUCUAUAUCCCAGCCGGAACAUAUCUCAUCAGCAACUCCCUCAUUGAUUUGUACUAUACGCAAAUCAUUGGUGACCCCACAAACCGACCUGUCAUCAAAGCAUCCGCCUCCUUUUCUAAGCAAAGCUUCGGAUUAAUCGAUGGAAACCCCUAUCUGUCUACUGGUUCCCUCGCAUGGAACUCAACAAACGUCUUUUUUCGCCAAAUUCGUAAUCUGGUUUUGGAUACAACUGCCCUUCCCCCAGACUUUCCUGCUGUGGGUAUACACUGGCCGUCAUCUCAGGCAACAGCCAUCACCAACUGUGUGUUCCAACUGUCGACCGUUCCUGGAAAUCAACACACAGGUCUCCUCAUUGAAGAAGGAUCAGGGGGGCUUCUCAAUGAUCUUUAUUUCUUUGGUGGGGGAAAUGCCACAGUUUUGGGUAAUCAGCAAUUUACAGCACGCAACCUCUGGUUCUCCAAUGCCGAUGUCGCGAUAUGGAUGACCUGGGACUGGGGGUGGACUUUCAAGAGUACAGUGUUUAAGAACUGUCGAGUGGGCAUCAAGAUGGACGAUUCAUCGUUCGGUGUUGGCUCUAUCACGAUUCUUGACAGUUGGUUUGAGAAUGUUGAUGUGGCUAUCGCUACAACACGCAACAGCUCACAGAGUAUCAGCAGCGCAGCUUCUUUGGCGAUGGAAAACGUCAAAUUUCAGAAUGUGAACAGCGUUCUCAUGGGCCCCGAAGGUACUGAUCUGGCACGCUCUGCUAUAGCACCAGUAGACAGCGCUGUUUUCCUGAUGGGGCACUACGCGAACAUGGAGGGCACAUUCGAUGCGAUGGCCCUUUAUCCGCUUCCUUUCACUCGGAGUCAAAAUCUCCUUGAUCGCAAUAUCUACUACGAGCGAUCAAAGCCUCAGUACGAGCAAGUUCCAGGCAGUUACUUCAUCUCAGCAAAAGCAAAUGGUGCAUACGGUGAUGCAUCGCAUGAUGAUACUCAGGCACUUAAUGCCUUAUUCCAGUACACGGCGGCAAAAGGGCUCAUCGCAUAUCUUGACGCAGGAUACUAUAUGGUUUCAGACACUGUACACAUCCCACCGAAUGCCAGAAUUGUGGGUGAAGCCUUGGCAUCAAUCAUCAUGGGGACAGGGCCCAACUUUGGGGACUUGAGCAAACCUCGACCUGUCGUCCAAGUCGGUCGCCCUGGUGAUGUUGGCCAGAUAGAGUGGUCAGAUACAAUUGUAUCAACCCGUGGGCCAACAGCAGGUGCCAUCCUAAUUCAGUAUAAUUUGUUUGCUCCUGGAGCCCCCUCAGGCAUGUGGGAUGUACACACUCGAAUUGGAGGUUUUGCUGGGACCUAUCUUCAAGUUCCAGACUGCCCUGCGAUCAAAGGGACAAACGCGGUCAACCCGAGAUGUCUGGCAGCUUACAUGAGCUUCCACGUAACGGCUUUCGCUGGGGGUCUAUUCACAGAAAAUUGCUGGUUUUGGGUCGCAGACCACGAUCUUGAGGAUCAAAAAUACCAACGUGUUUCUAUCUUUGCAGGAAGAGGAGUUCUUGUGGAGGCACAGAGAGGCCGCAUCUGGCUCAGUGCGUCUGGUUCAGAACACCAUGUUCUGUAUCAAUAUCAGCUCGCCAACACCAGAGACGUUUACAUUGGCCACGCACAGACAGAGCAGGCUUACUUUCAACCCAUACCCGUGGCUCAAUACCCAUUCCCUCUUGUGCCAGCACUGAACGAUCCAAACUUUCAGCAAGACUGCCAGAACGACCCUGAUCCAGGAUGUAAUAUGGGAUGGGGCAUGAGGAUUCUCAACUCCAGCAAUGUUGCCGUAUAUGGGGCAGGGUUGUAUUCAUUUUUCACGAACUAUAACGAUACCUGUGCUAGCAACAAAUCUCCAGGAUUCUGCCAAGCAAGAACUUUGAGCAUUCAAGGCUUGAGCCCUGGAACGAGGUUUCUAGGAUUGACUACAGUGGGCACUAGGAUCAUGGUGCAUCGAGAUGGGAUGGAUUUGGCUCCGGCUAGUGACAACAACAGCACAUUUGCAGACACUUUGGCUUUGUAUGUAUCAUGA